AUGAGGCUCCUGGGCAUCGUCUGCAGCCUGGCUCUUCUCAGCCUGUCCUCCUCCUUCACAGUAGGGCUGCUCUUUGUCUCUCUGUCUGUCUCUGGCUGUGUCACUCAUGCCAUUGAUGGAGAUGGUCUUAUCAGGAGAGACAUCCCAUUCAUCAACAAAGGAUUGAAAACUCCAGUUGUGCAUGGAGACAUUGCCCUACCUCCUGGUCGCAAUGGGCUGGUUGACAAGACCUACAGAUGGACAUUCCCCAUUCCAUACAUCCUGACCGACUCCCUUGAUCUGAAUGCUAAGGGGGUGAUCCACCAGGCGUUUGAGACCUACAGACUGAAGUCCUGUGUAGACUUUAAACCUCAUGAAGGAGAGGCGAGCUUCAUCAAAUUUGAAAAGCUGGAUGGUUGCUGGUCGAUGGUUGGAGACCUGAAGGAGGGCCAGCAGCUCUCUCUGGGCGAGGGCUGUGACUACAAAGGCACCAUCAUGCAUGAACUCCUCCACGCCCUCGGCUUCUACCACGAACAGUCCCGCACUGACAGGAACGACUACGUCGACAUCUGGUGGGACCAAGUCCUGCCCGGUAUGGAGCAUAACUUUGACUAUUACGUCGACAGCUACAUAACAGACCAGAACACACCAUAUGACUAUGAGUCCAUCAUGCAUUACGGCCCCUACUCCUUCAACAAGGACCCAAAUUACCCCACCAUCACGGCCAAGGACCCCGAGAUGACCAAGCUGCUCGGCCAGUACAACGACUUCAGUGACAUGGACCUGCUGAGACUGAAUAGGAUGUACAACUGUUCCGCUCCACUGACUCUGUUGGACCAGUGUGCUUUUGAGUCCAAGAGUGUGUGUGGAAUGAUUCAGAACGCCAAAGACAACGCAGACUGGACCCUCACCCCCAGCACUCCGGCAGCACCUGACCACACUCUAGUGGGACAGUGCAACAAUGCUGGAUUCUUCAUGCUCUAUCCCACAAACACCGGGCUUCCUGAUGACUCAGCAUUUUUAGAGUCCAGGAUCCUGUACCCUAAAAGGAAGCUCCAAUGUCUGCAGUUCUUCUACAAGAUGACUGGAAGCCUGAAGGACAAACUUGUGAUUUGGGCCAAGAAGGAGGACCCCAAGGGGAAUACCCUUUCCACCACAGCAGCUGCCACUUUCUACGGUGAUGAUGACCACUCCUGGAAAAUCGCACAUGUGCCUUUCACCAUGGAUGGCAAAUUCCGCUAUGCCUUCCAGGGUCUCCGCGGAGACCCGUCUAGCUCCAAGGGUGGCAUUGUGAUCGACGACAUCAGUUUGGCAGAGACACGGUGCCCGAGUGGAGUUUGGCGCAUUGCCAACUUCAGCCAACACAUUGCCAACAUGGCCCCGGGUGAGUAUCUCCAGAGCCCACGCUUCCACAGUCCCGAGGGCUACGGCUUUGGCAUCCAACUCGUGCCCAACUCGGAGGUGUACUCCGGCUGGAUGGGCGCCUUCCUCCACCUUACCAGCUGGGUGAACGACAACGUUCUCCAGUGGCCGGCGGGGAACCGACAGGUCACCAUAACGAUUCUGGACCAGCACCCCGACGUGACGCGCCGUCAGUCCUUCUCCUACAGCUUCACCACAGAACGCAUGCAGCUCAUACCUGGCACCAACCAAAACUUCUGGGGCAAGCCUGAGUUGGUGGGUACGUACGACCCUUCCUGUGAUUGCUACCGCGGGCCGACCUGGGGUUGGAACGGUUUCUUCUCCCACAGUGAGCUCCAGCAGCGGAGGAGCUACUUGAAAAAUGAUGAUCUCAUUCUCUUCAUCGAGUUUGAAGAUCUCACCUCUCUGGACAAUCUCGUUCAGCCAAGAACAGGCGCCGUCUGAGAAGACUGAGAAGGAAAUGUCACUCUCACAAGCUUUGAUAACUCUCUCUAAUAGAUAAUCAGUAUUUUAGGCUCUCAUUACCAAAUGUCUUGCAUUUUAAGAAAUAAACAUUUACCCCACCAACAUUUACCAAAAGUCUGCACAACUCUUGUCUUCCAGAUGCAAGGGAACACUGCACAAUUCUUUAGUCACAUGUUAACACCUAGAGAGCUGCCCCUUUUACUACACAUUAGUGGAUCUGUCUCGAACACUUGUCUGGAUUUAUCCUUAACACUCAUAUAAACAGUGUGUCAGUUAAUGCAUAAUCCAGUUGUCCAUUACUGACUCUCUCCUAAUUUCAUAAAAUGUAAGUUGAAAUGUAAGCACUGCCUGAAAUUUGUUUGUGUGUUACUUGACCCAAGUGAGAAUGAACAGUUAUAUACGCUGUUCCCAGU